UAUUUUACAGAAACAUUAGGUUUGUUUGCAAAAGAAAACAAAAAUAUAAGAAAAAAAGAUGAACUGCUUUGAAGAAGAUGUUCCAGUGCCUCUGAGCCCUAUGGCAGAUUACUUCAGCAGCUCUCUGAUAAACGUGUUUGUCAUUGCUGUUGCUGAAUCUGAGAUUCCAAUUGACGACUCAAAAGUUCAACCUCUGCUUAAGAACAAGUUACUUCCCAUAUGCUCCAGAUUCUCUUCUAUCAUGGUUGCUGACAAGAAUGGGAAAAAGGUUUGGAAACAAGUUGAUGUUAACCUACAGGAUCACGUCAAGAUUCCUAAGUUUACGUCCACCAACGGAACACUCAAAUCAUAUGACGAGUGUUUUGAUGAAUACAUGUCAAAAAUAGCUAUGGAACAGUUUCCAGAAGAUAAACCACUUUGGGAAUUGCAUUUAUUUAAGUAUCCAACGAGCAAAUGUGAAGGAACUUUUAUAUUUAAGCUCCAUCAUGCACUUGGAGAUGGCUACUCUUUCAUGACAACUUUCCUUUCGAUAGUAGAAAGUGCUGAUAAUCCUUCUGUUCAAAUAAAAUUUCCUUCAAGCAAAUCAUCAACAAGCACCAAUGCCAUGCCAAAACAGUUAUCUCAAACUGCCUCUAUGUUCAAGAGUGCAUUUGAUUUUGGCUGGAGUUUGUUGAAAAACAGCCUGAUACCAGAUGAACAGACACCAUUAAGGUCAGGGCAUGAAGAUGUAGGGUUUCGCCCUAUGAGUAUAGUAAAUGUUUCCCUCUCUUUGGACAACAUUAAAGAAGUCAAAAAUAAACUCAAAGUGAGCGUAAAUGAUGUGUUGGUUGGUGCAAUUUUCUUUGGCAUUCAACUGUACAUGAAGGCAAAGAAUCACAGAUCAAGAACUGCUGAGACUACAGCAUUGGUGCUGCUGAAUACCAGGAAUAUUAGGGCUUACAUAUCAGCGAAGGAGAUGCAUGCUACCAAUUCUAAGGCACCUUGGGGGAACAGAUUCCACUUCAUGCAUGUUCCAGUGCCCAUGAUAAGUGAUAAGAAAGAAUUGAACCCACUGGAGUUUGUGUUAGAUGCCAAGAAAAGUAUCAACAGACAGAGAAAUUCUUUGGCAGUACCAAUGACUGGUGUGCUUUUACGCUUGUUGAACCAAAUCAAAGGACCACAGGCUGCUACGAACUACAUGUAUAAGAUAAUGAAUAAUGCAAGUUUGAGCAUAUCACACAUGGUAGGGCCAGCAGAGAAAGUGACUUUGGCUUAUCAUCCAAUCAAAGGCUUCUACUUCAUGACUGUUGGUUUAUCUCAGAGUAUGACAGUGACUAUAACAAGCUACAUGGGAUAUUUAAGAGUUGGAUUUGGAGUAGAAGAAGGCUUCAUAGAUGAAUACCAACUCAAGUCAUGUUUCGAGAUAUCUCUGCAGAUGAUAUUGGAAGCAGCAAAAAAUUUACCUAAAAAGUAGAUUAUAGAUCGAAGCAUCAUAGUUAUGUCGUACUACAAUGUUUCGUAUCAUAGUUUGAAGGUGGCGUG